AAAAUGAAUGUCAAUAAUCAAAUAGUACAUUUUAAAAAGGAAAUGGAAUUCCUUUCUUCUCCAACUCAAAUUAAGAAAGUAAACCCUAACUUCUCUCUCUACCAGAGUCUCCGACGGUUACAGACACAAGUCUGAAAGGCUGCGAGCUGAUUCUGUUACAACUAUUUGAUUUCUACAGCUUUUAAUUCGUCAAUGGAGGUGGCGGCGGCGGCGGCGGAGAACGAUAGAAAUGGUGGCGAUUGGAGCGAUUCGGAAGACUAUAGCUCGGAGGAUGAGGGCACGGAGGAGUAUCGGCGCGGAGGAUAUCACGCCGUGCGCAUCGCCGAUACAUUUAAGCACGGUAGAUAUGUUGUUCAGAGGAAGCUCGGCUGGGGCCAUUUCUCCACUGUCUGGCUAGCUUGGGACACUCGGAAUUCUAUAUAUGUAGCUCUGAAAGUUCAAAAGAGUGCACAACACUACACUGAAACAGCAAUGGAUGAAAUCACUAUUCUAAAGCAGAUUGCUGAAGGUGAUCCAGAGGACAAAAACUACGUUGUGAAGCUUUUGGAUCACUUUAAGCAUUCUGGACCAAACGGGCAACAUGUCUGUAUGGUUUUCGAAUACUUGGGGGACAAUCUUUUAACCUUAAUUAAGUAUUCAGGCUACAAAGGUAUUCCUCUUCACAUGGUUAAAGAAAUUUGCUUCCACGUUUUAAUGGGAUUGGAUUAUCUGCAUCGUCAACUAUCAAUAAUACACACAGAUCUGAAGCCAGAGAAUAUUUUGCUUAUGUCGAUGAUUGAUCCAUCUAAAGAUCCAAGAAAGUCAGGGGAGCCUAUCAUUCUACCAUCCAAUAAAGGCAAGAUUGCCUCAGAGACUGAGGCUUCUAUAGAUGUUAAGGGAUUAUGUAGUGACCUAACUAAGAACCAGAAAAAUAAAUUCCGAAUAAAAGCUAGGCAAGCAGAUCGUAAGUAUGUUGGAAAUGAAUCUUAUGAGGAAGUUAAGCUAGAUAAUGAGCGCAAAUCCAUUGGAGAGUCCAUUGAAGAGAAAACUUCGGUUACUGAAGCAGCUAACAACUAUGGAGCAAAUGAUGUGUGUGUUGUGACUAAAACCAAUAGGAGAGAUAGCCGCUCUGCGAGGCGAAAACUAUUGGCUGAGGUCGACCUGAAGUGCAAAUUAGUGGAUUUUGGAAAUGCCUGUUGGACUUAUAAGCAGUUCACGAGCGAUAUUCAGACAAGGCAGUAUAGAUGUCCGGAGGUUAUUUUGGGAUCGAAGUACUCAACGUCAGCUGACAUGUGGUCGCUUGCUUGUAUUUGCUUUGAGCUGGCCACUGGCGAUGUUCUUUUUGAUCCGCAUAGUGGUGAAAAUUAUGAGCGUGACGAGGAUCAUUUGGCCCUGAUGAUGGAGCUUUUUGGAAGGAUGCCACGCGAGGUUGCCUUAGGCGGGCGUUAUUCACGAGAGUUCUUUAACAGAUUUGGAGAUCUGAAACAUAUCAAAAGAUUAAAAUUGUGGCCUCUCCAUAAGGUGCUUGUUGAAAAAUACGAGUUCCGUGAACAAGAUGCGCGUGAGAUGGCAGAUUUCCUUGUUCAACUACUAGAUUUUGUGCCGGAGAAAAGACUGACAGCAGCGCAAUGCCUUAAUCAUGCAUGGAUCAGUGGCGGCCCACGCCAACCUUCCCAUUCCUCUAUUUCUCAACUCAAGGAAGUGGAGAAUGGUAGUUGUGAAAAGAAGAGAGAGAAGGAUGAGAGAGAGGCAGUGGAGGUCAGAGUGGCAAACCUGACUAUUGAUGAAUCAACAUAACCGACGAAGAUUCACAUUCUUUAUCAACCCCACUGGAUCAAUCAAUGACGAGAAAGGUGGAUGGGGGUUUAAAUAUUUGUAUAGGUCUAACACACGACAAAUAUUUGACAUACCGGCCUGCAUCAAGACCAAAUAUUGUCCUUGAAGUGCAAAAGGUUGCUUUCAUGUAUCUCUUUUUUUUUUCUCGGGAAAAUGUAUCUGAAUUUCCCUCUUAACUGUUGUUGUCACAUGAUUUGUUGUAC